UAUGUAUGGCUGGACGUGAUGCUGUUGAUGGCGUUGAUGUGUGGGUGCGUGCCUGUGAUGGCAGGGGAAGGGGCAUGAUGUCUCGACGAGCGGAGACGAUGCACUAUGUGCUCGAGUGGAAUCUGAAAGACUGGAUGAGAGACUAUGGAAGAAGGCCUUUUGGUAAGUACGUCGUUGACACCCUGGGACAUCCUUUAUACGGCGACUACAGACUUCAAGCACAGCGGGCCAGUCUCUACCUCUACGUAUACUGUACCGCAGGACACACAACCAGACAAGGCAGAAAGCCCGUCGUCGCGUCAAGGACAGAUAGGGACAGACUACCACAGCCAAGUCGAUACUACUACCUCCACCACUACGACUACAACCACGAAGCGACAAGCCGGUAAACGGCCCUCCAAGAAGGAGAAAAGCCGAGGAGAAUAGGAAGGAAUACACGACACAGAAGGAAGGGGUAUUUAU